UCAUUUUGUUUUAACCAUUAGUUAUUCUGUGGUUUUAUCUAAACUGUCAUACAACUGUCAGAUGGACUAACUAAAAAGUGAAAAGUGAAAAAUUACGUUGUUUAUUGGACCUAGUGACUCAUAGUUAUUUUCUGCAACAAUUAAACAAUUCCUUAAGCGAUAUUUAGUUUUUAAACUACCAAGAUGUCGUUUUUCGGCAAGAUAUUCGGCGGUAAAAAGGAAGAGGCUCCUUCCACGAGCGAUGCGAUCCAAAAGCUAAGAGAAACCCAAGACUUGCUAACGAAAAAACAGGAAUAUCUCGAGAAACAGAUCGACGAUUUGCUUCUAGUCGCUAGAAAGAAUGCAUCCAAGAACAAAAGAGUUGCUUUACAAGCUUUGAAGAAGAAAAAGAGACUAGAGAAGACUUUGCAGCAAGUUGAUGGAACCUUAACUACUUUAGAAUUACAAAAGGAUGCUUUAGAAGGGGCAAAUACCAAUGCUGCUGUUCUAAUCUCUAUGAAAGAUGCAGCUGCUGCAUUAAAAUAUGCCCAUAAGAAUCUAGAUAUAGACAAUGUGCAUGAUAUAAUGGAUGAUAUAGCUGAACAACACGAUAUAGCCAAUGAAAUUUCAAAUGCUAUCAGCAACCCUGUUGGAUUUGGAGAAGAUAUCGAUGAGGAUGAACUGAACAAAGAACUGGAAGAACUUGAGACAGAGGAGCUUGAAUCUGGUCUUAUUGACGUUCCUGGACCCACAAAACUGCCUCCAUUACCCACACAACUGGACGAAGAUGAAAAAGCUAAAAUUAAGAAACCAGCAAAGAAAGUUGAAGAUGAUGAUGACAUGAAAGAAUUGGAAGCCUGGGCUUCGUAAAAAACAAAACUUUUUAGUCAUUUUCCAUGUUAAAAAAUAAUAAUAAGCCAAUAUAUCAGCUUAUUCUAAAUGCACUGUGAGAUCAACAGAGAAAGAUAUAAAUUUUAUGAAGUGAAUUAAAGUUACACAAGUUUUUUGGUAGGUAUGUUAUUUUGUAUAAUAGUUAAUAAUUAUUAAAACUUAACUAAAAAUAUUUCUUAAAGCUAAAAUAUAAAUAUAAGUAAGCUUUCUACUAGAAUUUUGAAUAUAUUUGUACAUAAUAUUAGAAGCAAAGAAACAAUAAGUAUUUUUAAAAUAUUCUAGGUUCUGUAAUUUUAUUUUGGUAUAAUGUAAUUUUAAAGGUAUCGAUAGGAAUGAUGUAUUUGUAUUUGAUUAUGCAGGAAUAUAUAUUUAUAUUAGUCUUUA